AUGGCGUCCUUAAAUUCUGCGAGCGAAAACAAAGCGCAAGCGAUAGUGAUCAUUACCGGGGGCGGUGGAUUCUUAGGGCAAUCGUUGGCGUCGGCCUUGCUGGAACGUCAAACGAUCCAAGGUAACGGGGUUGUGCUUUCACUGGGCUUGCUCGUUUUGGCCGACGUUGUUUUCCCCGAAAUCUUACAACCAGUGCUUGAAACAUCCAAGUGGGAUAAGCUUGUCAAGCUUCAGGGAGACAUUUCCGACCCUACCUUUGUCGAUAACUUGUUCGGCCUAAUCCCUUCCGACGCCGCCCAUGUAUCGAUUUUCCAUCUGGGCGCCGUCAUGAGCGGUGACGGGGAACGGGACUUUGAUUUAUGCAUGAAUGUGAAUCUAUACGGCUUUUUACAUCUGAUACAAGGAGCCCGUAAGUACGUGUACGAGCGUCUCGGUUUCCCCGCCAAGUUCAUUCUGGCGUCGGCCGGAGCAACCAUUGGAUCCGGCGCACCGACCGACUACAUUGGCAAGGACGACAUUAUUUCGGACGCUACACGAGCAACACCGCACACAACCUACGGGGCCACCAAGGCCUGUGCCGAAUUACUUUUGAGCGAUUACAGUCGCCGGGGAUUCGUAGACGCCCGCGGACUACGACUUCCUACCAUUGUUGUACGGGCCGGUAAGCCCAACGCCGCCACGACGGGUUGUUUUUCCGGUGUUGUACGCGAACCACUUGCUGGGGUCGAUACGACCUUGCCCAUUGCCAGGGAUGUACUGCAUGCCGUUACUGGUAAACGUCACGCAAUCGACGCCAUGCUGACACUCCACAACGCAAGCCUGGAACAAAUCGAAUCUGUUUUGGGCUACGAUCGGACCGUAUUCUUGCCAGCCGUAGCUCUGAGUCUGGGAGAUCUCGAAGACGCCCUUUGGAAAACGGUCACACCUGAUACGCAACACAAGUUGGGAAAGAUCACGUACCAGGUGGAUGCCCAUUUAUCGGCCGUGGUGGCAAGUUUUCCGACCAAAAUCGAUGCCCGAAGAGCUCGACGGCUCGGCAUUCCGUCCGCGCCGGAUGCGGACACUUUGAUUCGCCAAUACGUCGCCGACUUUUCCUCGGCUAUCGCCUCGGGUAUUGAGCUUGUUGCUCCACAAAGUGGCAACAUUGCCGCUUUCCCCAAGGAAAGCAAAGUGGCCGUCAUUACAGGAGCCGGCAGUGGCAUUGGACAGGCCGUCGCUCAAAGAUUGUCUCGAGGUGGUUGGAUUGUAGUCUUGGCGGGACGUCGCAAAACGACGUUACGAGAAACAGCCAAGACUCUUGAAGGGCGCGCGUGUUUGUGCGUCCCGACGGAUGUGACCAUCGAGUCGGAAGUAGAAGCGCUCUUUGAAACCGUCCACACCAACUACGGUACGAUUGAUCUGUUGUUUAACAACGCUGGUAUCAACAGCACAGCGGCCAGUUUCGCAGACGUGGAGUUUGCCGACUUUGAGCGUGUGCUACGUACCAACGUGUGCGGCCCGUUCUUGUGCGGCAAAGCGGCCAUGAAACGCAUGGCCGCCAAUGGUGGCGGCCGAAUCAUCAACAACGGUAGCCUGUCGGCGCAAACGCCCCGACCCGGGUCCGCCUGCUACACCGCCUCCAAACAUGCUGUGCUGGGGCUAACAAGAUGCAUGGCACUUGAUGGACGUGCGUUCAACGUGGCGUGUGGUCAGAUCGAUUUUGGCAACGUGGUGAGUGAAAUGAGCUUGCGUACUAACAAGGUAGGGACCGGGGCGUUGCAGCCCAACGGAACCACUCUCGUUGAGUCUUCCAUGAGUCUCAAGGAUGCCGCCGAGACCGUCUGGAGCAUGGUCAAUCUACCUCUGGAAGCCAAUGUAUUGCAGAUGACGGUCAUGGCCACAACAAUGCCGUUUGUCGGGCGUGGAUGA